AUGUCUUCUACGACUCCAGGCACAAGCGGAACGGGCAAGCGGCGCAGUGGCACGGUGAAGAGACGAAGGUACACUAUAAGCAUCAGCAGUAGCAGCACGUCAGACGGUCACCGCUACUCGAAGAAACGCAAGUCAAAACGAAAACAUCUAUCCUCAAGCAGCGAUACAUCCAGCAGCCGUCAUAGCCUUGAGAAAGACAGGUCUGCAAAAAAGCAGCGUGGCUGGAGAAGUGAUUCCUCGCGUAGCAGUGGCAAAAGGAAGUCGAAGAAGCGACGCCGCAGGAAGAGCUCGUCCAGCGAGUCUACGCCCAAGCGCCAGACCAAGCGCAAGAACAAGUCCAAGGCCAAGACAGUAAGCGAGUCCAGCGGCGACACGUCGAGCCGUGGCAACAAUGCCUUGCAGAAGGGCAGAACCAAAACUGUACGACAUAGCUCUGUAAACCCGUCGAAAGCCAGAAAAACAAGUGAUUAUCGUGACAGGGACACAGCUAACGAUCUCCAGCCACCGAGCGCGGCUAUUGUCGACGCGGAAGUCAGUCAGCAGCGAGCAGCUAAAAUGCCCUGCUUACGCAGUGCCCUUUCUGUGCAAGAGCACAGUGGCGAAGAAGCGCUCAGCGAAGGGACAACGGUAUACUCAAGGACUACAGCCGAAAAAACGCUUCGCUCCGAUGAGCAGAAUGGUGUAAAGAACAACAUGUUCCGAUUAGCAGCCGAUCAAGAGCAAGAAGAAGAAUCAAGUGAGGACAGCAGCAAAAAGAAGAAGCGCAAAAGCAAAGCGGAUGAUAAUUCGGUGACCGAGGCUGGACAAAAGACCGACGGAGAAGCUUCGCAAGAUUCCUGCGAGAGCGAGUAUAGUUCUGAAUGCGAGCCGGAGGAUGAUCCAGCAGAGCCGGUGGAGGGUGCCACUGAAGAUCAGGAUCUGCCUCCGAUGGAAGGACAGCCACCAUCGCCAGCGGAUCCAGACUUGGCCGCAGUCCUUGCCGAUCUCCUUUUUGACAUAUUCUUCGCAUUGCUUUGGCAGUUGAUUCAGAAGUUCGGUCAGCCUCAACAUGCUUAA